AUGGAGCAAAUGGGCUUUGGAGAGAAAUGGAUCAGUGUUUGCUUAAAAUCGGCUUCCACUUCUAUUUUGAUAAACGGAUCGCCUUCUGAUGAGUUUUGCAUGAAWAGGGGUCUCAGGCAAGGAGAUCCUCUUUCUCCGUUUCUUUUUUUGCUCGUGGGGGAAGUCUUACAGAUCAUGAUCAGGACUGCUUGCAAUCAGGGGUUGUUCAAGGGAAUCCGGCUUGCGAAUUCUAACCGGAAUCUUUCUCUCCUUCAAUUUGCGGAUGACGCUCUAAUUUUUGGAAAAUGGUCUCGUAAAAAUCUUGUAACUCUUACUAAUAUUCUUAACUGCUUUCAUGAUGUUUCAGGACUGCGCAUUAAUUUAUCCAAAUGCAAUCUCUUUGGUAUUGGUGUCUCGGAGGCAGAAGUCAAUAAUAUGGCAGUUAUGUUAAAGUGUAAGGCCUCUUCCUUUCCUUUCUUUUAUCUGGGGCUUCCUGUUGGAGGUCAGAAUGUCAUUCUUUCAUUUACAAAAAAGGUUGCUAAAGAUUCCUCUUCUCUUUUUUGGAAAGAUGCGAGCAUCGGACAAGGCUCAAAGUUGAAAGACCUUUUCCCUAGACUUUAUGCAUUGGAAAGGAAUAAAAAUGCUUCUUUCAAAGACAAAUGGACUUAUAUUAAUGGUUCUUGGAAUGGUGCUUGGGAUUGGAAAACAAUAAUUAGGGGUAGAAGCUUAGAUGAUCUUCAAGCCCUAGAAAGGCAACUCUCUCUUGUGGAUUUCAAUACUUCGGGUGAGGAUAUUUGGUUGUGGAAUUGGAACAAGAACGGGAUUUUUUCGGUCAACUUCUUGUCCAAAUUAAUUYAAGGGGCRGUUGAGACAAAUGUUGGAAGCAAYGAUCCGUUUUUUUGGAGUCCUUUAAUUCCWAAGAAGGUAAACAUCUUCACUUGGCGCUUCCUUAAAGAGGCUAUUCCGGUAAGAUUYAAUCUUUCAAAAAGAGRAAUUCCGUUACRAUCUUUGGAGUGCAUCUUUYGCGGCAAAGGUGUUGAAACUUUGGACCAUUGUUUYUUCUCUUGUUCGGUGGCAAGCAUUCUUUGGAGGAAAAUAUGGGCUUGGUGGGAUCUUAAAGCCCCGYGGCUUUCCUCGGUGUCUGAUUUUACAAUGUUGAUCAAACAARUAGGUACUCAUCGYAAGGUUGGAGUGAUUUUCUUAUCAGUGUGCGCCGUGGCGCUUUGGCAACUUUGGAAGUGGCGGAAUGAAAUUUUUCAUGCUAAGGAUGGUGCGGAAGCUAAGAAGAGAGGUGAAGACCCAUUCCCAGGUGUUCAAAAUUUUUCCAAGCUUUGGAUGGGGAACAGGAAUCGUAAGUUCCAUCUUAAUUGA